UCUCCUCCCUCGAGCUUUCCAACAUGUGGAGCGCAGAGACGCGCAGCGCUGCAGCAGAUCGGCCAAAACCUUAGCGUGUGUUGGUUCAAGUCCCGAGCUUCGAUUUAGGUUCAUCAUGUCAAGCAGCUGCGAAGCUUCGUCGACCUGCCCGAUCCCAAGUCGCUCCAGCUGGCCUCCGCUCCCUGACAGCUACAGUCAAACUCCUGGAGGAACUCUGUUUUCAACAACUCCCGGGGGAUCUCGGAUCAUCUAUGAUCGAAAGUUUCUCUUGGAAUGUCGAAACUCGCCGAUCGCACGCACCCCACCCUGCUGCCUCCCCCACAUACCAGGGGUCACCAGACCCUCGCUGCAGCCAGCAGAGCACGAGGAUGACAGCAAAGAUCUCGCUGUUGAUGACAACCAGUUUGUGAUGGAUAUGUGAUGGAUGUCUCCAGCUCAUGUGGAAAAUGGACUGUCUCAGCCUGUUCUACCAGCGCUCGUGAUCUGAGGGAUGAUCACACCGGCUGUGGAUUCCUUCAUUUAUGCCUCCAUGCUUUAUUUUUACUUUAUCUAAAUAAUGAAAUGCUCAGAGCAAGUGUUUCUGUUGUGGGGUGGAGCGUUUUGAGUUUGCUGGAUGUUUGGUGAAAAUGCAGCUUCUGCUGCUGUUUAAUUCAGUGCCUUCAUUCCUCUUUUUUAUUAUUUUUAUUUUUUUAAUAUUUUUAUUUACAACCAUUCUGAAGGUGACUAUGUAAUCUACAUUUUUACUGUCUGAGGAUAGUUCAAAUGCAGUUAUUUCAUUUUUGUAAUGGAGCUAUGAUCCUGUGAAGGGCAUUUAAGUCUUAUAUUCCAUAAAUAAACCGUUGGGAUGAUGAUUUUUGUACUGUUUACUGUUCAUUCUCUGGAUGUAAUAUGACAUUUUGGAAUAAAACUAAAACAAAAC